AGUUGAUCCCCCAGUGGAGUGGACUGGUAGCUGCCGCAUUGCAUUUGUCGUACUGAUACCGCACCGUACAAGCUAGCCUAGCAGGUCCAUAUAUAUACUCCAGUCCGGUCCAGUGUCGACUGUCUUGGGAGUUGGGAUACAGGAAGAAAGGAGUGGUCAUCGAAGGAUGGCUUCGUAUGCUGGCGGCGGUGAUGAGCCGCUGACGGAGGCGCUGCUGGGGAGGGCGGGCAGCGGCGACGAGGAUGACCUGGAGGAGAUCCACAGCGUGUCGGCGUUCCUACGGUGCGCGGCGGAGGAGAACCGGCGGCUGUGGAGCCUGGCGGGGCCUGCCAUCUUCACGUCGCUGGCGCAGUACUCGCUCGGCGCCGUCACGCAGGUCGCCGCCGGCCACCUCACCACGCUCGAGCUGGACGCCGUCUCCACCGAGAACUCCGUCGUCGCCGGCCUCGCCUUCGGGAUCAUGUACGGCAUGGGGAGCGCGCUGGAGACGCUGUGCGGGCAGGCCUACGGCGCCAAGAAGCUCCCUAUGCUCGGCGUCUACCUGCAGCGCUCCUGGCUGCUGCUCACCGCCAUGGCCGUCUGCAUGCUCCCGCUUUACCUCUUCGCCACCCCGAUCCUGAGGCUCUUCCACCAGGACGUCCAGAUCGCCGUCAUGGCCGGGAAGUUCUCGCUGUACAUGAUCCCGCAGCUCUUCGCCUACGCGCUCAACUUCCCCAUCCAGAAGUUCCUGCAGGCGCAGAGCAAGCUGAUGGCCAUGGCGGCAGUGUCGGCGGCGGCGCUGCUGUUCCACGUCGCGCUCACCUGGUUCCUCGUGGUGCCCAUGCAGAUGGGCCUCGUCGGCCUCGCCGUCGCGCUUAACGCGUCGUGGUGGUUCGUCGUGCUCGGCCAGCUCGCCUACAUCGGCAUGGGUUACUGCCCCGGCGCCUGGAACGGCUUCGAGUUGGACUCCAUCGCCUUCACAGAGCUCUUGAGCUUCGCCCGCCUCUCCAUCGGCUCAGCAAUCAUGAUCUGCUUGGAGUUCUGGUUCUACAUGUUCCUGAUUGUGAUCGUGGGCAACCUUCCCAACGCUCAGGUCGCCGUCGCCGCAGUCUCCAUCUGCACUAACCUGUUCGGGUGGCAGAUCAUGGUGUUCUUCGGAUUUAAUGCAGCCAUCAGCGUGAGGGUGUCGAACGAGCUGGGCGCGGGCCGUCCUCGGGCGGCGAGGUUCGCCAUCGCGGUGGUGCUCAUGUCGUCCGUGGCCAUCGGAGUGGCCUUCUUCGUGGCUGUGCUGCUCCUCCGCGACGUCUACGGCGCACCCUUCACGGAGAGCCCCGAGGUGGUGCACGCCGUGGCCAGCCUGGGCGUCGUCUUCGCCUUCACGCUCCUGCUCAACAGCGUCCAGCCCGUUCUGUCCGGCGUGGCCGUGGGCGCCGGCUGGCAGUGGCUGGUGGCCUACAUCAACCUCGGAUGCUACUACGGGGUCGGCAUCCCGGUGGGGUACAUGAUCGCCUUCCGGAUGCGCCGCGGGAUUCAGGGGAUGUGGGGUGGCAUGCUCACCGGGGUAGGCCUGCAGACGGUGAUCCUCAUCGCGAUCACGAUGCGCACCAACUGGAACAAGGAGGCGAGCGAGGCGAGUUCCAGGAUACGGCAGUGGGGUGGUGGUGGUGGUGGUGCAUCGCCCAAGAUCCCAGCAGACGGCAUCUAGGAGGACGUGUGGUGACCAAACUACAGUACGUUUGUCCGUGUUUGGUUAGCUAUAACUAGCGCCGCGCGCGGGCAGCUCCUCUUGCUCGGUUUUCUUGUCGACAACACGCAACACGGCAAGAUCGGGAGGCAGGGCGAUCGCGGUGAUUGAGACUUGAGAGGUGUGCCUGGCUUGCCAUUCUUUUCUGUAGUGCAGUGUAGUUUGGUUCGCCCUUAUCCUUUUCUUUUUGGAAGCUCGAUCGGGGUGGUUUGCAAUCA